AUGCAAUAUCAUUAAUUUGAUAAGAACUUGUCUCCCUUACAAAGAUUGACUCUCUUUCACGAUGGUUCAAUGACUAAAUUCUUAGAAUUAUACUUUGCGGAGAAUGUUUAAACAGAAGUCAUCAAAGAAUCCUCUCAAUUUGAUGAUGAAUAUUUGUAUGAUUGGAAACAAUUCAUACCAGAUGCUCAAAUCUAAAGAGAAGUCAUCCUUAAGAAUCAAUCCAAAGGAAAUCUCAUCUAUGCAAGAUCACUUUGGACUAAACUUAAUUAUGAUAAAAUUAUGUAAGGCAACAAAAAUAAUGCUAUUGGCAAGAAUCUUGAAAAAAAACAAAUCUCUUAAAGAAGACAGAUUUUAAUUGCUUGUUAAACUAAAUUACCAACAUCAAGUAAUCUACCUAUUAGAGAUGUUUUAAGUAGAGCCUAUCUUAUUUAUUAAGAAGAUGACCUUCUUAUGUAUAUUGAAGAAUACAUGUUAUUUUGA